UCACCGAUAUUCUCGAUCAUCCUAGUCACUGUGAUCACAGUUGUAAUGACCGUGAUUUUUCCUAUAGAAAGUUUGACAGAUUUUCUCAGCUUGGGCACUUUGAUGGCCUACACAAUCGCCUCUAUCGCCAUAAUCAUCUUACGCUAUCGGCCACCGCCCGAAGUUUUCAUGACAAACGUCGAGGUGGCAGUCGAUGUAGUAGAAGAAAUCCCACCACAGCCUGGUACCAGUUCCGAAGGCCUCAUGGAAUCGGUGGACGCGAAAAAGCUGUCCCCUUCCGAGAAGAGUCCCUCAGGUUCUUCCUCUUUCCUGGUAAGCCAUUGCUAUUCUUCGCCGGAUGCGGAGGGUUUUUCACUUUAA